AUGUGUUGUUUAAAGAAUAUUUUUGUUUUAAUAGGAGUUUUGUUGAUUCUAAACUGCUUAAACUACGAAACCAGAUUGAAUCAGGCCACUGGGAUUAGUAUGAUAGAGGUGAUUACUGAUAAACAAGGAAAUCCAAUAGACCAAUUUAAUUUGGAUGGUAGGUUGUUUAUUAACACCACGGAUAUAGACAAAAUUGCAGAAAAUAUUAUUUUUAAUCAAACAGAAAUUAAUGAUAUACAAAACCUUAAAGAAAAGUUACAUACAGAAGAGGAGUAUGCAAAAUUGCAAGAAAGUGGGAAAAAAUGUUUCUAUGGCUUAAACUGCUUAUAUGGAUUGAACUCAAUGGAUGGCUUAAUAAAUAAAGAAAAAUUUAAACAAUCCCAGAGUUCUUCGAUAAACCAAACAAUAAUUGAUAAUGACCAAUUCAACAGGUAUCUUGGAGAUGAAAACAUGUAUAGAUUUUUCAAGCUGGAUAACGGGUUAAAGGUAUUUUUAGUCUCAAACAAUUUGUUAUACACAUCCUCUUUGUCUUUAGGAAUAGAGGUAGGAAGCGCUAAUGACCCAGAAGGAAUUGAUGGUGUUUCAUAUUUACUAACACAGGAGUUGUUUAAAAAAGAGUCCAAUGUUACAAAUGAAACUGAUUUCAGGAAAUUAUUGGACGACAACAAUGGAUAUUUUAAUGUGGAAUCAAAUAAAUUUUCAACAAUUUACUCAUAUGAUAUUAAAUCAAAAUAUUUCCAACUUUCAGUAAAUGCCUUUAAAAAAAGACUUGAGAAGGUAAUUACCUGGAGUUCUUUAGAUGAAUCAAUUUCUGAAGUUGCAAAACUGACAGAAUUAUUUAAAAAUGUAUAUACUUUGCAAGAAAUUCAAUUAAAACGAAGCCUUUCGAAUUCUUCCCACAUAUUCAGUAGAUUUCCAUAUGGUACAAAUGAAACAUUGAGGGAAAUUCCUUCAAAAAAUAACCUCUCACUGCAAGAGGAAAUCAUUAAGUUUAAAAAAAAUUACUACAGUCCACACUUAAUGGUGUUAAGUAUUUCAACAAGUUUAAGCCUGGAUACAACAGAAGAGCUUGUGAGAAAUACAUUUUCUGAUCUAAUCAAUACUGGUAUUUAUCCAGAAAAACCAGAGGAAUUAUCUGGAAAUGUGACCCACCCAUAUGAUACAUUAAUUGGAAAAUAUAUUGAAGUUAAAUCUCCAACUCCAGAAGCAUACAUUACUAUGGAAUUUCCAAUACCAAAUCAAAGUAAGCUUUGGAGAUAUAAGUUAGGCUCAUAUGCCAAAUAUUUCUUAACUCAACGAUUCCAAAAUGGUUUCUUGGAUAAAAUGACAAAACAAGGUUGGAUCAGAGAAAUUGAGGUCGAUGUAAUAAAUAAUGAUACAGGUUUCUCUAACUUAGUUAUCAAGGCGAUUUUGGUAGACUCUGAUAGAAAUAAGUUAUUAAGAGUAGUGCAAGCUAUUUUUGCCACUUUAGAUGCCGUUAAAACUGCAAAGUAUAAUAAACAUCUAGAUGAGCAAAUCAGACGUGUAGAACAAGGAAUACUAAAACAGUAUAAAAGUACUGGAUAUUACAGAUACUCCAAGAAUAUCGUAAAGUCAUUUCUUGAAAGUGGUUGCUCUCCAGAAAAUAUAUUAUUAGUGCCUUAUGAACUUGAAGUUAUAGAUCAUAGUUAUGUAAGAAUGAUAUUGGAAUAUUUAAACCCAUUUAAUAUGGUAUUAACUUUUUCUUCAAACUCUUUUUCCAGAAACUCAAAAGACUUUUUGUUAUCUAGUGAAAUUUAUGGAGAAUCUGGUUGGGGUCGAUUUUCUAGAAAAUUUGUAUCAUUCUUAAGAACAAUUCGCAGGACAUUUUUGAGAGCAAAACCUGGUGAGUAUCCAAACUUUAUGAUAGAAAAGUACUUAAAUGCAAACUAUUUAAUUACAGACAUUCCGACAAAAAUUUUGGAUAUACUUGAAGGUAGUACUCAAGAGCUAGCAUUUGAAUAUUUAGGUUUCAAUAUUACAGAAAUCGUAAUAAAUUAUCCAAAGCAGUAUAAGAUCUAUACUUAUGAUAUACCACCUCAAGUACAUCCACAACUUUUAGUAGAAUCUUUGGCAUCUUACAUUAAAUAUACUUCCAAUACAACAGAAGAUAUUGACGAGGCACUAAUGAAUAAAGUCUUAUCAGGGUUCAACGAAUUUGUCUCGCCAAUUGCUUAUUCCACAUUUUACUUCCCCAUUAAUGUAGGUGUUCCGAAAAUAUCCUUAAACUCAAGAAUUAUUAUUCAGCCAAAAUCUUUGGUUGUAUAUGGGUUUCAAUCUCUCCCAAAAACAAAUGCAAAACUUGUCACUCUAUCUUAUCUUUUUAUGAAAUCAUUCAAGUAUGCAACCCCUCCAGAAUACAGAGAUUGUAUUGUUGAAAAUAGUUAUAAAUCAAUUUCAGAGUUACAAAAUUCAUUUUUGGGAAUAGAAUUUAGGUGGACAAAUUACACUUCAUCUUUUGAUGAUUUCUUUUCAACAGUUUUUAAUGGGUUAAGAAAGUAUAAUAGUUAUAUUAAUAAAAAUCAUUUUGAUCGGGCAAAAUCAGAUUUUGAGUCAAUAAUUAACAAUAUUUCUUCACUUAAUAGCAAAACUCUCGCUGAAUAUACUUCUUUUGAAACCCUCAACUUUUAUAUGAUGACACCAUCCAUGUUCAUUCAAGCUAUUAAAAGUGUUAAAUUUAAAGACGUAGUUGAUUUUGCAUCUUAUAUCAUAAAAAUGGGUACAAUUGAAUCACUAGUUAUUGGGAACUGUACUCCGAUGCAAGUAAACUCUUACUUAUUAAAGAUUGGGAGAAUUCUCAAUAGAGACUUAGUAAAUACGAGCGACUUAACUCAUCUAAGACUCUUGAAUAACUCCACUCGUAUUAUCACUGGUUGGGACACUAAUCAUACUGAAUAUAGUAACUUCAAUCUACAGGAUAGUCCUAAAAGCUCAAUUACCUCAAAUCAGCGAUCAGAACUAAACAAUAAUACAAUUGUAGAUAGUCAGAAUUAUCUUGGGAAUUAUUCUUCUACCAAUAUCACAAGGAAAGUCACAAUUGUUGAGUCUUCAGAAAAAACUUUCUUGACUGAGGGGUAUUACAAGGGAAAAUGGACUAAUAGAAUAAAUAUGGACACUUUACCUAAAGAAUAUAAAAAUAUAUUUUAUCUAAAAAAAUGUUCAAACUCAAAUGAAGAUCUUUCAGUCGUUUAUAUGGAGAUCCAAGUUGGUGAGUAUUCUGAGGAGAUGUUUGCAUUCUUAAAACUUGUGGUUAACUUGGACAUUCAAAGCUCAUUCAAACAAUUUACAUCCUCAGAUUAUCCUAAUACAGUGUUUGAAAUUUUGCCAUACUCUAUAGGAACAAGUUAUCUGUUACUUAAAAUUAUGAUUUCAUCUGCAGAAUAUAGUAUUAUAAAAUUGACAAGUUUAGCCGUGCAAUUCUAUAAUAAAUACUUUGCUCUAGUUACUCCUUUAAUCUCCAGAGACGAGUUCAAGAAAGGAAUUAAUCGUGCAGUUACUAGUAUUGAAAUUCCACAUAUUAAUAUGGAGGAACUUCUUGAUCAGUAUUCUAGCUCUCUUCUUGAUAGAAAGUCUGAUCCAAAUUGGAAGUACAUACAAGUUGCAUAUUUGCUUAAUCUUAACUAUAAUGAAUUUCUAAAUAAAUGGGGAGUUUUUGUUAAGCCUGCUAAAGUUCUUAUUUCUAUCUUAAAAACUCACGUCUCAGCUAUUGAAAUUGCAGAAGCAAACUCUUUCCAACUAGAAGGGUACAACAGGAUCAACUCAACGAGUAUCGUAAAAAAGGCUGCAAUAGAAAACAAUUUUAUUUCAUAUUAA